UGUGCGGGUGCGUGCGCUCUCCCUCCGUCCGCGCCACAGCUUCUCUCGGAAAACUUUUACUGAACCUAUUUCCUCGAGGUAUGGUGAGACUCAGGUGUUCAUAAGUGAGAUCUCUUUAUGCCAUCACUCCCUCGGUCGUAUAUAAGUGUAUGUUUCUUGUACUGAUGAUAAAACUAACGUACUGUACUUUGUAAGUACUGCACUUAUCUCAAGCAGUGGGUAAGACUGUUCAAAGUUAAUUAAAGAUCUCGUUCGUUUAGGAAUAUAUGUUUGACGGUGUGCGUGAUGUGAUACCUUGGCUGCCCUGAAGGAUUGAACUUAAGUGAUAACUACCUACUCUUUCCUCAAGUAAUACUCGAACACAAUGAAAGAGAUCUUACCUUAAAAAAAACCCCAGUAACAUUAUGUAACUUACGUAUAAUAAUAUCUGGUUAGAAUUAAGUGUAAAAAAGAAACAUUGAACAUUGUAAAGAUACUAAGUUACUUUGUGUGAAUCUUACUAGAAAAAAGGCAUUUGUGAGUAUGUGUGUAAAUACCUGCAUGGUGAAUAUACUGUGUCAUUGGUGAUUGGCUAACACAGACAAAAUCUUCGCAAUAAGGACCCGGUUAUAGAUUAAACCAUUUUCUGCCAGUUUCAUAUUCGCUACAUUAUAAAAACAAGCAAAAACAUAGACAAACAAACAAGUGACUGGUAUAUACACUAUCCAUCAUUUAAUCUGCUCAACACACACAAAAAUAAUGAUGAAACAGUUGUAAUUCAUCAAGAAAAAACGAAGAACCACCCCCCCAUGGAAUGAGGCCCAACGCCCCCUUCAUCUUGGAACAACGAUCAGACGUGUUGUAAGUUGUCAAAGACGGCACUGAGAAGACACCGUGACAAGGCCUUACCCCAGGAGGACACAAAGGGGGACAAAAUUAAUCUAGCGUGUAACGAGUUAGCUGGCUACACCUUAUUAAGAAAAUUACGAAACACACGUAGUUCAUAACAGAUAGGAAGGAAGGAAGGAAGAAAACACGAGAGGGAGAGAUAGAGAGAGAGUGAGAGAUAGCUGGUAAUGGCACUGUUCCGGUGCUUGGAGUGAGUGAAUACAAUUAAGGCCUCGCUCACAAGAGGAAAAUGUUGAGUUGGAUCCUAGCUAGAAAUUCUUAGGAUCUGGAGCCGGGGAUAACUUUCUUCUCCUUGAUGUUUGUUUAAAGAAAAUGUAAUCUGGUGCGUGAGGAGGAGCGAGGGGAUAAAAAAACACAAUAGUUAUUCAAAUUAAUACAAGAUGAGAUGUUUUUUCUAGAUCGAAGUUGAUGAGUGAUGAAGGAAAUUGAAUCGUGAUUGAAAGAGACUGUUUUUAACCCAAGAGAAAAUUUAAAGAUUAAUUUGGACGUGUUUUGCAAAGACUGAUGUUAAUUUAGACUGAGAUGUAAACAGUGUGUGUGUGUGUGUUGUUGCUGUCAUGUUGCAGAAUGUCCGAUGUUGUAGUCAUGUUACAGGUUAAAUAUAACAUUAUAUCACCCACUAGAGGUGACGGGUUACUCUUUAACAUUGACUACACAGCACAGACAGAACAAGAGUGGAUGAAUACAAAUUACGUCAUGUUAAUCUAGAACCUGAAACUAAGGCAAUGUUCCUCAUUUACCUCAACCAUCAACAUCCCCCGAGAGAUUAAUGGAUAUAGAAAAAAACAAACAUAAUUAAAUACUAAGUGAAUCAAAGUGAAUAAAUCAAAUAAUUCUUAAAAUAUCAUCAAUCAUUUAUACUAAGAACAAUGUAAAAUGAAGAACUAAAGUGAGAUAAAUUUUCAUAAUAUACGAAGGUUAAAGACAGUUUGUGAAAGAACCUUAAGUACUGUAUAAGGAAGCGGUAGAUAGAGGGGCGUGGUACAACCUUUUAUCUUAACCAACGAGCUGAAAAUAACGAAGACAUAAUGUUGCCAACACCUGGAGCAUUAAUGAGACUCACCUGCUGCGUGUUGCUCCUCCCACAUGGCCUCACACACGCCGCUAAGAAAGGAGUGUGGCGUCGUGUGGAGGCGGUGUCGGGGCGGGAGGCGGUGUUGCCCUGCGAGGUGGGGGCUCUUGACUCCUCCGAUAUGGUCUUCGUCGUCCUCUGGUACACCAACGGCGAGAAGGAGCCCAUAUACAGUUACGACAACCGGCCAGGCCGCCUGCAGGCCCCGGAGGAGCGUCAUACCAUCAAAAGCAAACUGCUGGAGGGUCGGGCCACCUUCCGCCCGGGUCAGGUGCCGGCACUCCACAUCAAACCUGUACUGAGCGCUGAUCAAGCCAACUACACCUGCCGGGUUGACUUUCGCAUAGCUUCUUCCCGUCGUACACAUCUGAGCCUGAGGGUGGUGGUGCCCCCAGGCCAGCCAGAACUGAGGGUGGCGGGGCAGAAGAUCACAGGAGGAGUGUUGGGUCCACUGCAGGAGGGUAACUCCCUGUCCGUCACCUGCAGCGUGGCUGGUGGCAUCCCUCCUCCCACCCUCGUGUGGAAGAAACACAAUAAGGAACUGGACUCAAAGGUGGAAUCCCGGACCUCUUCGAUGACGGUGAACGAGCUGACCAUCAAGCACCUGUCCCGUUCCUUCCACAAUGCCCGGCUUACUUGUGUCGCCACUAAUAACAACGUCACCUCACCUGUCCACGCCACCGUCACCGCUAUCAUGAACUUGAGGCCGUUGGUAACCAGGUUGGAGUCGCCACCAAAAUCAUUAAGGGUUGGCCGGGAGUAUGAGAUCCCCUGCGUUGUUGCCGGAUCUCGACCUCAGGCUAACAUCACCUGGACACUUGGCAACGUUGCAUCCCAUUCCCCAAUCGUGGCUAAUACGGAACAUGGGGUGAACGUGAGCACAUCGAGAGUGAGGGUGACAGCUUCAAGACGUCAUCAUGGUCAGCGACUUACCUGUACCUCGCUGAACCAUCUCUUCCCUGCCUACCCUCUGACUGACUCCAUACUCCUCAACGUGACCUACCCACCUGUAGCCACGAUGGAGCUGGGUCGAGGCGUGUUGUCAGUGGUGAAGGAGGGAGAGGAUGUUUACUUCAAUUGUAACGUGGAUUCCAACCCUCCUACCUACAAGAUCUCGUGGUAUCGUGACGGUAAGCCCAUCCUACACUGGCCUGAAGAAGGUAUCGUCGUCAGCAGCAACAGUCUGGCCCUGAGAGGCGUCACCCGUCACCAGGCUGGCCCUUACGUCUGCUCGGCCUCCAACGUCGAGGGUGACGCUCAUAGUCCUUCACUCAACCUCACUGUCAACUAUGCCCCAGUGUGUGAUGAGGGAAACACACCACCACAGGUAUACGCCGCAGGUGUCGGCCAGUACAUCAACGUGACCUGUGACGUGGUCGCCUCUCCUGCCACGGUCAAAUAUUCGUGGGUCUUCAAUAACUCCCUGACCUCCGAGAGACUUCCAGGCAACCAGGUGUUUACUACGCCAGAUGGCCGUAGUAUGGUGCAGUUUAUGGCCAAAGCUCACCAGGACUACGGUACACUGCAGUGCUGGGCUCAGAACAGCGUGGGAAGAAUGACACAACCCUGUUUGUUUACUGUCAUCCCCGCAGGUCGACCAGAGCGACCAGUGGGAUGCUCUGUGGUGAAUAAGACCUACGACUCUCUGGUAGUGGGCUGUUCACCAGGAUUUGACGGCGGCCUACCACAGACCUUCGCUGCCAAGGUCUUUGAGGCAGUAACAGGACGAGGUCAAGCCAACGUGACCUCUAAUUGGGCUAACUUUACACUGGAAGGCCUCACCCCUGGACUCGAUUAUGUCAUCAAUGUUGUCGCCCUAAAUUCUCUCGGCAGUUCAGAUCCAGUCACUCUCGAGGCGUUUACCUACAAGAUGGCUGAGAACAGGAUGAGAGAUGAGAAAGUGGAAGAGGAUGUCCCAGCCUUGAGUUCGGAAGCAGGUGUAUUGAUGGGGAAUUUAGUGGUGGUUGUGGUGGUAGUGGCGGUGUUGGUGGUGGUGUUAAUGGUGGUGUUGGUGCGGUGUUUACUGGUCAGAAGGCAGCAGGAAGACGAACCAGCUGACAGCAGUAGAAGAAAUAAAAUCCUCGCCCCACCUGAUCAUCCAACAGGUUCGAUUUCAGUAGGUGAAGGUGGUGGAGCAGCUGGUGCACAUACGGCCGUAACCUUUGAGAUGGCGGACUUUAUGUACGGUCACCCUGGCCAACCCCCCCCACCACCCACUCUCUCGGUCGAGCAUGAGAAGAAAUGACAAUUACUUUACGCGUGUGGACCAAGACAUGAUCAAUUAAAGCUGUCAGUUAUAGGUGACCAGUCUAAAUUGACAGUUUUAACUGAUCCACUGGACUUAGCCUAAGACCAGAGCACGAGUAUAUAAACACCUGCCGCCGAGGACUUGGGUUCGUCAACAAUAACUGCACCAGGUGAGAAGAGAAGAGAGAGUAAGCCACGGGGGCCUGCCUGUUCCUGAUGACGGCUGUGUUUACCUGUACCACACCUGUACCACACCUGGACCACACCUGUACCUGGGUCUGGUGAUGGACAUAAUCACCGUGACACAUCUACCUAAACACAGCUCGUGACCGAGAGUUACACUUGAGGCGGAAAUGAAAUUCAACUUGAGUUCACCCAAGGCCCUGCAGCUGCGGCGGGUCGAGAGGGCACCAUGUAUCAGAACCAGAAAGUUGUGAUGGAGUGCCCCCUCAGCCCCCUUCAGCCCCCUCAAGAGCCUCAGUGAUAUUAAUGACCCAUUUGGUGGUGAAUUAUUACCCAAUUUGGAUGUCCGGACCUUUAUGUCGUCGCCUCCCUGCUGCUGAAGUGUGCUGGCAACCUUAUAUUCUCCUUAACUGUGAAUCAAGUAGAAAACCUCCCCUUUUGACACUCGCCCUUGUCGUGAACAUGACAGUCUCCCCUUCACCUACAGGCAAGUCUCCAUUUUCUUCUCACCUCGUCUCUGGUACGGACAGAUUGCACUCACAGAACGAAGAAACCCGGCAUAACAAAGUUUAAAACUCGUUUCCUGGCUCGAAUAUUCUCCGCAAAUAAGAAAUGCAUUAAAUAUUCCAACUAAUAUUAUUGAAGCAUAAACAGAAAUAAAAACUCAAGACACACAUUAAGCUGUUUAGUCAUUUUUGGUUAACACAUUAAACAGUAUAUGAAAAUAAUGAGUUUUUAAGUGAAACACAAAAUCGAGAGUUAAAUUCUGCCUCGGAGGAAACCAUCCCAACUUGCGGAGGAUGUGGGGGAACUCGAGUGAGAGGUAGUGGUCCACACGGUACUGGCUGAAGGCUUUUGGUGAUGGCAGCAGACACAACGCACUUAUACGUGUUAAACUUUUUUUAAUCAACAAAAAUAUGAGAGUUGUUCUGACAUAUUUGUGAUAAUAUUUUAAGUGUUGCUAUGAUUGUGACAAGUCUCGUAAUAUAUAUAUAACAUCGUCAGCUUUUUCUAUGAUUAUUAUUUUUAUUAGUUCAAGAUGGUUAAUUAUGUCACCGGUACAUGUGUAUUGACUUACGGACAUAUGUAUACACGCUAAUACACAUAUACACGCUCAUGGAUACACAUACACAGAUAUAUACGCAUGAGUACACGGACAUAAACACAUGCUCGUGGACACACACACACACACACACACACACACACACACUG